CCUCUUAAGUAUAAUGUUGCGUCACUGAUAAAGCCUAAACCUUCGAUAGAGGUCUCAGUCAGCUUUAGCGACCCAUCAAAUCUGAUGAUGCGUAAAUCGCACGCGCGGAGGGUCGACGCCAUAAGUGAGAAUUGGAGGCUUUCCCGCGAGAGAAGAUCAGUAUUAGUUGAUUUGCAAGGUCGGCGUGAUUGAGCUGACGGUGUCGUAUGAUACGGAUUAUUCUUCCCGCGUCACCGAGUUAAUUCAUGCUACCGAAGUGACGACAGAAUUUACGCACGAGAUAAUGCGCUGUUCCAGCUCCAUGGCAUUUGCUUCGAUUCCAAGUAACGUCAGAGCAAUAAAUGCUGAUAAAUGCAACAGUAAGUUAAUCGGAUGAUGAAUCGAUGAUAGAUCUCUUUGAUCUUUGAAAAUAAGAAGUAAAAGAAAGAGGAUUGGCAGAGCCAAUCACUCGAAUCAAGUUCAAAUGUCUUUUUUGUACAUUUGACAGUCUUUCUUAUUUGUGAGAGCAGAAUUAGGAUGAAAAGUAAAAUAAGAAAAGGAAAGGUGGAAGGAUAAGAAAAUGCGAUGCGCUGCAUUCCGAAAGAGACGAGUAAAAGAAGAAGAAUAAGAAGGAGAUAAAAUGAUCUAGAAGAAGUGGGAGAACAUGGACUACGUGCUGGCUCUCAGCAUCAACGAUACGCCGCAUUACAUACGCGCGACAACACACCAAUGUGGGGUAGGUAGUUAUCCAAUUGACGGUGCCCCGUCUGACAUAGUUCAGUCACGAGGCGGGCACAGGAUGAUCCUACGUCUCCUUCAACAGAGCGACAGUCGUUCCCUCGAAAUCGCGCUCGAGAGCCACGCUCGAGUUCCGCUCGCUCUUUUCCCAAAAUCUCUCGCGUCGACGUCACAUUUCUGAUGAAAUUUUCGUAUUACGGUAAAUAGAUAACAAAGUAUACAUAUACAUACGUAUGUAUAUAAAAGGGCCAGUUCAUGCCGACAGAUCGUGCAUAGUGAUACAGAGACAAUGUUAGUACAACUAGCGUGUUUGAAUCGAAGCGAUUGGUGUCUCAUUCACGAUAAGGAUCAGCUCGGUUGUCAAGGUUGACGAUUGUCAGUGAUAGCUGCCGAAGGACUCUCGCCGAAUACGUGAUUAAGGAUUUGCGACAAAAGAAAAAGGACUCGAAAAAGAAAGGAGAGACACGAGUCUAACGCGAAUAUUCCUUAGAGUAUCCGUGAAAACCGGAAUGCCAUCGGGCUGAUACCAUGGCAGCCGAUUUCUACGCGAAUGGAUCUCUAAAGUCAACGUCCGUCAGGGCCGUAGGCAGCAUGGGGCAGCGUAAAUCGGGCGCCUCGGGUGCCCUGGGCGCCGCGGUGCCUAUAUCGACGGAGGAGGAGCAGCUGAAGUUUCAAGACAGUAGAUUUCUGGCGACUUUGGUGCUCGGCAGAAGUAGGAGGAUCUCGCCGGACGUGCUGCCGUCGUGUUCGCCCGGCGUGUUUCGUCAAAAGUCGUUUCGCUCAUCCACGCUGUCGCCGUUGACGACGAGGACGACGACAACGACGACAACGACAACGACAACAACGACGACGACGACGACGACGACGAGGAGAGUGCAGACAGCGACAACAGUAACGUCGGUGUCAUCGGCAGCCACGCGGAACGAUCGCUACGCCUCUCGCACAGCCAUCCCCGCCACCCCCGCCGCCACCCCCGCCGCCACUACCACCACCACCACCACCACCACCACUACUACUACUACCAUCCCCGCCGCCGUCGUCGCCGUUGCCGCUCCACCACGUGACGGCGGCAGCUCGCGGAGUACCAGCGCCGGCAGCACCGCCUCGUUGUCGCGGGGCGCCCGAGCGACCGGCAAGCACGCGCGCCUCGGUACGACACUGGCCAGCAAAAUGGCGUCCGCGAGCUCCUCCACGGUUGUGCAGGGCUGGCCGAAUACCAAAGACGACUACGAGCUCAAGGAGGUCAUCGGGGUUGGAGCGACUGCUGUGGUGCAUGCAGCGUUUUGCAUUCCGCGACAGGAAAAGUGCGCGAUCAAACGAAUAAAUUUGGAAAAAUGGAACACGAACAUGGACGAGCUGUUGAAAGAGAUACAGGCGAUGUCCUCUUGCAAUCACGAAAACGUUGUAACGUAUUACACGUCGUUUGUGGUAAAAGAAGAGCUCUGGCUGGUUCUAAGAUUACUUGAGGGUGGAUCCCUACUGGACAUAAUCAAGCAUAAAACUAGGACCACCAAUUGCAAGCAUGGAGUAUUUGAUGAGGCCACCAUAGCCACAGUGCUUCGAGAAGUACUCAAGGGACUUGAAUAUUUCCACAGUAACGGACAAAUUCACAGGGACAUAAAAGCGGGUAAUAUCCUACUAGGCGAGGAUGGCACAGUGCAGAUUGCCGAUUUCGGUGUCAGUGCGUGGCUGGCGACCGGACGCGACCUGAGUCGGCAAAAGGUGCGGCACACCUUCGUCGGUACGCCGUGUUGGAUGGCGCCCGAGGUCAUGGAGCAGGUGAGAGAGGACCAUGGCUACGAUUUUAAAGCUGAUAUUUGGUCACUUGGCAUCACGGCGAUCGAGAUGGCCAGCGGCACAGCGCCAUACCAUAAAUAUCCCCCGAUGAAGGUCUUGAUGCUAACACUACAAAACGAUCCACCGACUCUGGAUACCGCUGCAGAUGACAAGGACCAAUAUAAAGCGUAUGGGAAAACAUUCCGAAAAAUGAUCGUCGACUGUUUACAAAAAGAUCCUACCAAGAGACCAACGGCCACCGAAUUGCUAAAACAUCCUUUUUUUAAAAAAGCCAAAGAUAAGAAAUAUCUGCAACAGACGUUAGUAGCGAUUGGACCUAGUUUAGAAACACGUGUACAGAAGGCAUCAAAAAGACAACCUGGCACGUCAGGCCGUUUGCACCGAACGGUGACCGGAGAGUGGGUCUGGUCGGAAGAAGAAAAUAAUGGUGACUCAAGCAGCGAUGAAGGCAAGGAAACGUUACCGGUCAAUACAAUCGAAAAGGCUAGCAGUGACGAAGAAGCUGGAGAGGGCGACGAGUGUUACGGUCAAAUCAGGGUAGCACCGAGUCAAACCGCGAUACCAACAACUGGACAAAAUGAACCCAUAAACUUAGUGCUUAGAUUACGAAAUGAAAAACGGGAACUUAAUGAUAUUAGGUUCGAUUAUACCGUUGGCGUUGAUACCGCGCAAGGAAUCGCAGCGGAAUUAGUCGCCGCGAACUUGGUCGACGGCAAAGAUGUCAUGGUAAUAGAAACAAACCUAAAAAAAUUAAUAGAGAGUGGAGGACAAUUACGAACAGUGACGUUUUCCUUGAACUCUGGAUACGCGACGAAUGAAAUACCAGAUGACAAGGCAUUAAUAGGAUUUGCUCAGAUCUCCAUCACUGAUUAAACAACCUCAAUUGUGUUUUAAACUUUCGAUAAUGUUCUUAAUUGAUACAUUCGCCAAGAUCCAGAAAGUAUCAAAAGUUAACAAAUCAGUCAAAUCCUACUUCUCAAAAUAAACUAGAGGUAAAAAAAAGAAGGCUUGUGAUACACACAACAUACGUAAGUGUUUGUAUGUGCAGAGUCUUCUUUUUUUAUUUAGCAGAUCUUAACUUUUGAUAUUUUCAUUUCUUUUAGAGUCUAACAGUUGAUUGCAAGGCGUAGGUAUUCGAAAAACAUAUUUGUUACAAAACAUCGGUAGUAACAAACUGCUCAAAUGUAUGUUUGAUAACAUCAUCAACGUUCAUAAGGACAAUCGAACGGGGCGGAUACAUAAAAACAUUAUCAUCCAUGUACUGGCUUAAGGGGUAUACACUUACUCUAAUCAAUAAUGGCUGUAGCUUUACAUAAUCGAAUUGUAUCGUUCGUUUCACAUUAUGUAAAUAUUAGUAUUUGACUGUUAUUUUCCUUCUUUUUCUUCGUGAUUGAUAUAUCAAAUUGGAUAAAGAUAUCUCGCGCAAUGCGAUAUUUUACAUAAAUAAGAGCAAAUUAAAAGGAACGAAA